AUGAGAUUCAAUCGCUUCGCCAUCCUAGCUGCGGCCGCAUCUGCAGUCGCAUCCCCAUUAAACCUGAAGAAAUUCACAAAGAAGGCAUCUUCUUUCAAAUGGUUUGGCUCCAAUGAGUCUGGCGCUGAAUUUGGCACUGGCAUUUUCCCUGGUGUUUACGGAACCGACUACAUCUUUCCAGAUACUAGUACCAUCCAGACGCUCAUCGACGAUGGGAUGAAUAUCUUCCGCGUGACCUUCCUGAUGGAACGAUUGGUCCCAACAGAGAUGACGGGGUCAUUUGACGCAGAAUACCUGAGCAACUUGACAUAUGUGGUGAAUUACAUCACCGACGCAGGUGUCCAUGCGAUCAUUGACCCACAUAACUUCGUCAACACACCCCGGCUAACACUGAUUGAUGUCAACAGCUAUGGCUCGAUCAUUGAGAGCACAUCGGAUUUCCAGACCUUCUGGACGAAUGUAGCUGGGCAGUUCGCUUCCAAUGAUCUAGUCAUCUUUGAUACGAACAACGAAUACUAUGGUAUGGACCAAACUCUCGUGCUCGAUCUCAAUCAAGCCGCCAUCGACGGAAUUCGCGCUGCAGGCGCAACGACCCAAUACAUCUUCGUGGAAGGCAACUCCUACACAGGUGCCUGGACUUGGACGGAAUACAACGACAACCUUGUCAACCUCACAGACACAGAAGACAAGAUCGUCUACGAGAUGCACCAGUACCUUGAUUCAGAUGGGUCCGGUACCAGCGCGACGUGUGUAUCGAGUACGAUUGGACAAUCGCGUGUGGAGUCCGCGACACAGUGGUUGAUUGAUAAUAACAAGGUGGGUAUUCUGGGUGAGUUUGCUGGUGGUGUGAAUGAUGUUUGUGAGGAGGCGAUUGAGGGGAUGUUGAGUUAUAUGGAAGAGAACUCCGCGGUUUGGUUAGGAGGGUUGUGGUGGGCGGCGGGUCCUUGGUGGGGAGACUAUAUCUUUAGUAUGGAGCCCCCCGAGUGGUACGGCUUAUGUGGGAAUGCUGUCGAUUCUGGAGCCUUAUUUUGCGUAAGCAACAGUACUUGA